CGGCAAGGUGCCUACAUGGGCAGAAACGGGUUUCGUGCCUCUCGCCGCCGUCCCCUCAGCGGGCGAAGGCCUAGCCAGCCGCUGCGCGGGCCCGCCCGCCGCCUUCCCCGGGCCAGCAGCCAAGCUGCCCGCGCCCUGAGGGACGGCCCCUGCGCCACCUGCGCAGCCGCUCCUCCCGCCGCCCCCAGAGCGAGCCUGCCGGAGGGGCUGGCGGACGCGCACCGGCGGCUGCGCAUGCGCGGAGGCGCGGAGCACGACCUCGGAAGCGGCGGGGGGCGCGAUGCGGCCGGCGGGAGCAUGCCGGGCGGCGGGAAGCGGAGGCCGCGCGGGGUGGCGGGCCCGGCCGGCGAGCAGUGUGACAAAAAUGGAGAUGUCAAGAAGAGAAGGUCACAUCAGGCAGACGUCCCUGACAGUCUUUAUCAAGAAGCAGAAACAUGCUAUCGGCUUAGGCUGCCUGAAGACUUCUAUCAGUUUUGGAAGUUUUGUGAGGAGCUAGAUCCUGAGAAACCGAGUGAUGCACUUGUGUCAAGUGUUGGUCUUCGGCUUGUUGGACCAUACGAUAUCCUUGCUGGAAAACACAAAAAAGCAAAAUCAGCAGAUCCAAACUUCAAUCUUCAUUGGAGAUUCUUCUAUGAUCCUCCAGAAUUUCAGACUAUACUUGUUGGGGAUAGCAAAACACAGUAUCACAUGGGAUAUUUCAGGGAUGUGCCAGAUGAGCUUCCAGUGUGGGUUGGUGCAAAUGAAGCUAAGAAAGGCUGUGUGAUUUCACAAGUUGGUGAUAAUGUCUUUGCUGCAGUCAAAUUAUUUUUGUCCAAAAAACUUAAGGAAGUGACUGAUAAAAAGAAAAAAGCUAUUUUGAAAGAUAUAGAUGAAAAAAUAGCAAGAACAGCAAAAGAACUGGGCUAUUCUCUGGAACAAAAAACCAUGAAGAUGAAACAGAGAGAUAAGAAAGUGGUGACCAAAGCAUUUCAUGGAGCAGGCUUGGUUGUUCCUGUAGAUAAAAAUGAUGUUGGAUAUAGAGAACUUCCUGAAACAAAUGCUAACCUUAAAAAAAUUUGUAAGGCCAUAGUUGAUGCUCCUACAGAUGAUGAGAGACUGAAGGCCUUUGCCCCUAUCCAAGAAAUGCUGACCUUUGUUCAGUUCGCUAAUGAUGAGUGUGACUACGGAAUGGGGUAUGAACUGGGUAUGGACCUGUUUUGCUAUGGAUCACAUUACUUCCAUAAGACCGUGGGCCAGCUGCUGCCCCUGGCGUACACCCUGCUGAAGAGGAACCUCUUUGCCGAGAUAAUUGAGGUGCACUUGGCCAGCCGCCGGGAGGAGAAGCUGGACCAGCUGUUGCCCUGACGUGCUGGGCGUCCUCGGGCCUGGGAUUUCCUUCGCUGUGUGUUUUUCCCCUGUAGCGGGUGGUAGUGUCCCCCACAGGCAGUAAAGCUUUUGUAAUGAA